GCGAGGGCGGAGAGGGUGAGGGCAGCGCGGGCGGGGGCGUGGUGAAGGAUCUGGAGGUGGUAUACUUGCAGUCCUCCCCGCUGGUGUCCCACAAGGUAGUGACGGCGCCCACCUCUGAUCAGGAGUCUACCGCCCCUUCUGUUGCCUCCUCCAGCUUCUCCCCUUACAAGUCUAAUAACGCCUCGCUGUCCAGGGCCUCCUCCAUCCGUUGCUCCUCCAGCCCCGCCUCCCCCAAGCACAGCCUCACGGAGCGCCCCCCAGGACUCCCCCAGGGCAAGAAGGAGGAGGGGAUAGCCUCGCCCCGCCCCGACAAGCAGCGAGACCUCUCCCCGAUGAGACGGCAGUCGUCAGCCUCCGCCACUUCAUCACCACUACGUAAAGAAAGACCACAGUCACUCGUUCUGGAGGGCACCAAGCUGACCGCCUCGAGUCCCGCCACGCCGCACACUGACCUACCCCCAUCUGGCACUCCUUCCCUUAUUUCCCUCCCUGACGUCCCUGAAGCGGCCGUCAAGCACGUGUCCCUCACUGAACAGCUCUCCGCCACGUCCCUGGAGAAACUGAGGAGACUGAAACACCGUCUACACCGCGCCUUGGGUUCACAUGAAGUGGUCACAAGGGAUUCAAGUGAGGAAGCAGAGACAUCACCGCUAGUUCUCGCCACCCCGCCAGUCACCUCCCCCUCUACGCUCCCCUCCCCAAUGCUCCACACCCCUGACUCCCCUAAUGCGAUGUUCAAUGCUAACCACUUCUCUCAGGACCCCUACAGUCGCCCACACACGCCUCUACUUCGUCAGGAUGCGUUAGAUCCGUCGCCCACUAUGUCUCAGAUUACUAUUAAAAGCUCCUCACCCUCCGACCGUGAAACACCUGUCUGACACACCCAGGCCCCCCCGCCCCAGCUGCCCCCGCUCCCGCACCCUGGGGAGUGGGGCAUCUGGGGCAGGUGAGCUGGGGCUAAAACAGGCUAAAAAAAGACCUAUUUAUUCCUUGUUAUGUUUUUUUUUUUUUUUCAUGAAAUUGGUGUUUUAGUAAGGUUAUUUUUCGUUUCUUGUUUUAUUUCGUUUUUUUUUUUUUUUUUUCAGUUUAAAGGUGAAAUUUGGAAUGGUCGAAGUUAAAGAUUGGAUUUCAACACCUACUGUACAUACGAAAGUCAUUUUAAGAUCAAGGUCAACUUAUGUAAAAUUUUAAGGUCACGCUAAGGUCAAUUUAUAAGAUUUUUUAAAGGUCAUUUAAUUUUCUUUUUCUUUUUUCAAGGUCACUCAAAUUAUUGUCUGUUUUAGCCUCAUUUCAAUCUCACUUUUUGAAAACCCUACCCUUUAACACACACACACACACACACACACACACACACACACACACACACACACACACACACACACACACACACACACACACACACACACACACAAAGAGGACGGGAGUAAUUUUAAGGAAGUUUUAUGUGUUUUAAGGACAAUAUUGGUGCCUGGGUAGUGAUUUAAGGCCGCAGUGUACAUAGAGGGCGCGCCACAAGGCCUGGCUCUGAGUAGGCAUUGCUGGGGAACACUGUAAGAUAUGACCAUUUGGUGUUGCGUACAGCAUUUUUUGAAAGACAUUUUUUUAGGAUAAAUGUUUGCGAAAUGGCGUGUUUUUUUUUUUUUUUUUUCUAGGUAGUGUUUAAUUAACUCCUUCACCACUGGGAUACAUUUUUACCUUGAGAUUUAUGUACGAUUAGACCAUUUUAUUGACAUUAGGAAG